AUGAACAACCGUCAUCUGCCGGCUGGGCCAGCCAUGCAAGGAGCAGGUGGGCCUUCGGGUUCUGUGGGCAGCGAGAUGCCAACGGGCCCAUCCCACGGCGGAGGUGGUGGUGGCGGCGGCGGGCGAGGCAGGCGUGGACCACAACACUUCGCCCAUCAGUAUCACCACCAGCCGAUGCACCACUUCACUAACUACGUGCCCCCCUACCCAGCACAAUACUAUCCUGCCAUGCAUCCUCAUCCCCAGUAUCAAAAUGGCGCCAUGCAAUCACCAGCGUACAUGCCAUACCAGACCCCGUAUGGCCGCUCGCCUCCCCCGAUGCAUCAGUAUGUCCCCAUGGUGGGCGUAAGCGUCCAGCAAAAUUACUCCUCAAGGCAGUCUCAGAACUCGCCCAUCCUUUCGACACCAUAUCAGCCUCCUCCCGUACCCGCCCCGAUUCCUCCUCACACUCCUUCCUCCACUCACUCUCCUCGCGUGCCUCCGGCGCGCACAACUCCCCCUAAGCCUCAGGCCGUCGAGGCCAUCAAACCACAACCGGCAGCCUCUCAAGUCGAGUCUCCCCCUCCCAUCGUGGAGGAAAGGCCACCUUUCCGCGCUCCAAUACCUUGGCUCAGCCGGCCUGAUGAGCCCUUCCCUAAGAGAACGUUGAAGAAAUCCCGAAGAAAACAAAUGCAGCCUCUUUCUGGUGGUAACAGCGUCGAGCUUCCCGUUGAACAACAUGAAGGCGCCACAACCGAGGCUGCAAGGGUCGCUUCUGAGCACUCCGAGAAGCCCAACGAGGCACAGUCUAAGGAACCAGAAGUCACCUCAGCAGUUGAAACGGUUUCCAAACUCAGUGCAGCUGAAGAGGCAGCCGCGCUGAAAGCAGAACCGGCGCAGCCAUCCGACAUAGACACGGGUAUCCCUUCCACACCCGCCUCAACUCACCAACCCUCUGUAUCCAUUUCCGCGGAGACAUCGCCUUCCGCCAAGUCCACCUCCCGUCCAACCGUCCCCGCCGUUCCCGUGAUCCCCGCAGUCCCUAAACCUGGCGCAAAAGAAGUCAAGGCUCCUGCAAGCGUGGGUGGAGAUGAGAAGCAGGCGGAAAAGCCCAAGAUUGAAGAAGUCAAGGUCAACGGCAGUUCUGUGCCUCAGACAGAGAGCGCAGCCGAUACCACAGCCCAAGCUAUCUCCGGCUUAGAGGGGAAUGUCCCCAUCCCUGCUCCUGCUUCGGCUCCCAUCCCUCAGAAACCCAAGUCGUGGGCUAGUCUCCUUUCGACCCCUGCUUCCGCCGCAAGAGCUCCCAGCGCCACGGCCUCGGGUGUAUCCUCCGCCUCCUCAGCAGUUGGCGCAACUGCUUCAGCAUCCACGCUGCGCAAUGGUAGCAUUAGCGGGCUGCCAAGAGCCAACUCGGAGUCUUUGGCCGAAGCUCUGCGAUCUUAUCGUGUAGGAGCCACUUCCACCAUCUCUCAGAUCGAGCCUAGAGGCUUGAUUAAUGGAGGAAAUAUGUGUUAUAUGAAUUCUGUUUUGCAAGUUUUGCUUUUCUGCACUCCCUUUUAUGACUUCUUAGACCAAGUCAGCAAGAAGGCUGCCCACAGCUUCAAGAGUGAAACUCCUUUAAUAGAUGCGAUGAUCGUGUUCAUGCGAGAGUUCCGAGUUAUUGCCUCAUCUACGUCUAUAGAUCAGCUUCAAGAAGCCAUAAAAGGCAAAGAUAGGACAUAUGGCGAUCCACUGACCCCGAACUUCUUGUAUGACGAAAUGAAGAGGUCCAAGUGGUUUGCUACACUGGAGCAAGGACACCAGCAGGAUGCUGAGGAAUUCCUCGGCUGGCUCCUCCAGGCUCUCGAUGAUGAGUGCUCCAAGGUCAUGGGGGUUGGAACCCCUGCCAAGGCUCCCAGCACAAGCGGCGACUCUGCCCAUGACCAAGAUGAUCCUUCGUCCGGCUGGCUCGAGGUUGGCCCGCGCCAAAAGUCGGUAAUCACUCGUACCUCGGGCUCGACGUCGUCGUCGCCGAUCAGCAAGAUUUUUGGGGGUCUUCUCCGUUCGGAACUUCGCGUGCCUGGCCUGAAACCCUCAAUCACCACAGAACCGUACCAGCCCCUCCAGCUAGAUAUCGGAUCGCCCAACGUCCGUAAUAUUAUCGACGCUCUGAAGGGUCUCACAUCCCAGGAGAAGUUGCACGGCGACUUCAACUCCCUCCGAGGCAAGAAUGUUGAGGCGUCCAAGCAGGUGCUCAUCGAUGAGCUUCCUCCCGUGCUCAUCCUCCACCUCAAGCGAUUCCAGUUUGAUGCUGCCGGUGGCACUCUCAAGAUUGCUAAGAAGGUAGGCUAUCCACUCGAACUGGAUAUCCCGCGCGAGGUCCUUUCUAGGCAAAAGGUGGCGAGCCUCGGCAAUAAGAUGCCUAAGUACAGGCUAUUUGCCGUCGUGUACCAUCACGGAAAGAACGCCAGCGUCGGUCACUACACGGUCGAUGUACGUCGCCAGGAUGGCGCUCAGUGGAUCCGAAUCGAUGAUACGAAGAUUGAACCUGUGCGUGCUGAGGAUGUGGCCAAAGGCGGAACGGAGGACGACAUGGCAAAGGAGAUGCGUAGGGAGGCCAAUGCCAACGGUGGAUCGAGCAACCGGUUCGGUGGCAUGAAUGACGAAGACACAGGAGAUGAGGAGGGAUGGAAGCAAGUUCCCUCCGCAGCUAGCGGCGGAAACCGGAGGUGGAGCAGCAUCGUCAACGGCGGUGGCAAGCCAGGCUCCAAGAGCAAAUCUCAGGACACUAACAACGACAAGUCCGUUGCCUAUAUCCUCUUUUACCAGCGCAUUUGA